AUGGCCUCUCCUAACAACACACGCACUCUAGCCCUCACUCCCACAGAUCCAACAAAGACCGGCUUCGCCGACCUCCCCGGCGAGCUCCGCAAUGCCAUCUACCACGCCAUCGCCGCCUCUAUCCCCGUCCAAAUCACAUUCAAUGACGGCCGCACCCACCGGAUCCCACUAACCGGCAUCCACCCCCUCAUAGACCGCGAGCUGGGGUCCAUGUUCUUUUCCACCCCUCGCAUCUUCCGCUUCUGCUACGCCAACCCCCGCCACAGCCACGGCAUCCCCGCCGCCGCCAAGUUCCUCAAAAGCUGGGCAUGCCGCCUGAUGCUCCGCACAAAGUGCCCUCGGAUCUUAGUAUCAUUAGAGCUACCUUGGCCAGCUGACGUUGGCUACAACAGCCUCAUGGCGAAGCGGGCACAGUCGCAUAUCAAGUGGGGCGUCGAGCAGUAUAUCAACGAGGAGCAUGCGCGGUUGCGGGAUGGGGGCGAGGAGCGCGCGUGUCCGAUUGCGCGGUGGAGGCGGCGGAAACCGAUGUUUGAGAAGGUCUCGAAGCGGCUGUCGACGGUGUUUUGGAGCUGUGGGGGCGAGGCGCUCUGUGAGGCGCUUUGGGCGGCGUUGCCGGAGUGGGCGGAGGAGCAGACGUUGCAUCUUGCGGUGGGGUUUAAGAGCUUUGAACGCGAAGAGCUGGUGUUUACGGUGCAGCAGACGAGUGUUCUGAGGCCUGGUUGCGGGUGGACAACGCCGUCGUGGACGCAGUAG